AUGCUCACAAAAGUCAAGACCCUUAGCAUGUACACUCUCACUUGUGCAGAUGGCUACCACUUCGGUGGCCAAGGGGAUGUCUACGUUCUCGAUCUUCACAGACUAAACGCAGGCCUUGCCUCCAUCUCUUCAGAUCAAAAACUUACCCUCUUCAACCCCGCGCGACUAGGACAGGGUCCUCUGAAGUCAUUCCCGACUAGCCAUGGCAACCUCACAUGCUUGAAGACCUAUGACGCCCAAGAUUCUAUCGUCUGCACGGCUGGUGAAAAUGGCGAGGUCUCAGUUUGGGACAUGAGGGAAAGCUCAAAGCCCCAAGUUGCGCACUUCGGAGCAAGCCAGUCCCCUAUUCUAUCCCUCGCAUGCGACGCAAGGAGCAACACGAUAGCAGUCGGAACAGAGCUGCAAAACCAUACAGCUUCAGUGCUACUGUGGGACAUCAGAGCCGGCCCGACGCAAAGCCUCCAGUACGACGAAGUCCACAGCGACGACGUGACAGAGCUCCGCUUCCACCCGUCGCAGCCUCACGUCCUUCUCUCUGGAUCGACCGACGGCCUCGUCAACGUCUACGACACCCGCAUCUCGGACGAGGACGACGUCGUCAUCCAGGCGCUCAACCAGGGAUCCGUCCACCACGCCUCUUUCAUCAGCGAUACUGAGGUCUACGUCCUGACCCACGACGAGAAGUUUGCCGUCUACAGCGUUGCCGACGAGUGCCAGACCGGCGCAGCUGUUGCCGACUUUGGCGACGCCAGGGAAACGCUCGGUUGCCAGUAUGUCGCCAACGUCACGACCAAGUUGGACGGCAGUGGUGCGAUUGUUGGUGCCGGGUCGCAAGACCGUCAGGUCUUUGAGUUGGUGCACCUCUCCCGAACCAAUGAGGGCACCUGGGGAUUCGACAGAGCUAACAGCGUCGGUCUGCCGGGUGGCCAUGGCGAGGAGAUUGUUCGGUCCUUCUGCUUUUAUGACGACGAGCAAGUCGUUUUCACUGCGGGCGAAGACGGAAACGUUAAGGCCUGGAGACCUAGUUAG